AUGCUUAAGAUUCAACCGACUUUCGCGGCGUUGCAACUAUCGCGUCUUACUCUCGCCGCUUCGCUACCCGCUGCCUCUUGCAAGAUGUCUACCGCAGACGGUGCCGUGCGACCCCCCCGGGCCGCUGAUGCUCCUGAGGAAUUUAAACAUCAGCCUGAACUCAAGCCUUCUUCUGCUUUCCUGUUCCCCCUUGGUUACAAGGACGCUGCCUACCAAUGGUGGACGAGUCUUGCCCCUCAGUCUGUUGAGCGCAACCUUUUGAAGCUCAUGCCUCACCUAAAGGAGGCUAAUGACAGCAUCACAAAUAUCGAUACCCCCGACCGCCCCGAUCCGUAUGGCACCCGAGUAUGGAGGCGGACAAUGGUUCACCUGUCGGGCAAAAAUCGCGCCCUCAACGAAGUCACGGUCGAACGGGUCGGGGAGGAGACGGAAGAUGCUCUUGUCAUGAUCCACGGAUAUGGCGCCGGUCUCGGCUUCUUCUACAAGAACUUCGAGCCCCUUUCGCGCAUGAGGGGACUGAAGCUGUAUGCGCUGGACAUGCUCGGCAUGGGUAACUCAACUCGCCCGCCAUUCAAGAUUCACGCCAAGAAGAAGGAGGACCAGGUUCUUGAAGCUGAGAGCUGGUUUAUCGAUGCUUUGGAAGAAUGGCGAAAGGCCAGGAAGCUGGAGCAGUUCACCCUGCUAGGUCAUUCUCUAGGCGGAUAUCUUGCUGUUUCCUACGCCAUCAAGUAUCCUGGGCGCCUCAAGAAGCUUAUUCUGGCCUCGCCGGUCGGUGUGCCUGAGGAUCCUUACGCUGUCAACGCCUCCAUGCCUGAUCCCAACUCUUCCUCGCUGGCGAACGAAUUUACCGAGGACCAGCAGAGUACCACCGAUCAUGCCGGUACGCUCUCCAAGCACAAGCCUGCCUCCAAUGUUUUGAGACGCCCUCUGCCUGGCUGGUUCGUCUGGCUUUGGGACCAGAACAUUUCGCCCUUCAGCAUUGUUCGCAUGAGCGGCCCUCUUGGCCCCCGAUUUGUCUCGGGCUGGAGUUAUCGGAGAUUCAACCACCUCCCGCAGCUCGAGUCCCAGGCUCUCCACGACUAUUCAUUCUCUAUCUUUAAGCAAAAGGGCAGCGGCGAGUACGCGCUGGCAUACAUCCUCGCCCCUGGCGCUUACGCUCGUCGUCCGGUUAUCAACCGUAUCCAAGAAGUUGGCCGACAACUGAUUCCCCAACCCGACGGCGCCCCGCCAAAGAGGGAAACAGGUCUCCCCAUCGUUUUCAUGUACGGUGAAAAUGACUGGAUGGAUGUGGCUGGCGGCCUAGCAGCACAGGAAAAGCUCAAUGACAGAAGACUCAAGGCACUACUCCACGGAACAGAAGAGGAGAAGCGCAAUGAGAACGGCACAACAAAGGUCCUCCUGAUUCCCAAGGCUGGCCACCACCUGUACCUGGAUAACCCAGAUGAGUUUAACGACAUGAUACGGAAGGAGCUUGAAGAGACGAGGGCAGAUGAGCGACGAAAACGCGGACUAUAG